AUGUCAAAAUCAAAGUUAAAGAAAUGCCUCAGAAACCUUAAACUCCAAAACGGCAAACUGGAAGAAAUAAAAUAUGUCAGUAGAUUGUUGCGGAAGAAAUUGCGCUCACAUGUUCAGCGUAAUUAUGAAGAAGAAUUAAGUAAAGAUUUUUGGAAAUUUUGUAAAAAAGAGUUUGAAGAAUCAGAGACACAAGAACCAAAUUUUGACGAAUCGUCCUGCUAUGAUUAUUUUAGAAAUAUUUUCUUCGAAAAGCAUAAAAACCGAACAUUCAACCUUCCCUCUUGGCUUAAACCAUUUCCAGUGCCAUCGAGCAAUUUCGACCUGGAAUGUCCAACUUACCAAGAAAUAACGAAAAUAAUUCGGAAAAUGAAAAGUAGUGGUUCUCCUUGCCCUAUUGACCAAAUAAGUAUUAUUCCUUUUAAACGGUGCCCCAUCCUGAGAACACAGCUUUGGAGACUCCUCUCGAAAUGCUGGACCGAAAAAUAUAUUCCGACUAUCUGGAAACGUGCUGUUGCGGUACUCAUUUACAAAAAGGAUUCACCUGACAAUCCUGCUAAUUUUCGCCCAAUUGUUUUAGAGCCAGUCAUGUUGAAAGUUUUCACCUCUGCGAUAAGGAACAAACUUUUCAAAUUCGUGCGCGAUAAUAAAUAUAUCGAAACAAACAUUCAAAAGGGUUUCUGGCCAGGCUUGUCUGGUACAGUUGAACAUACCGAACUGUUAAACUAUUUAUUAAACCACGCCCGCAACAAGCAGCGGUCUAUCAUUGUCACUCUAAUCGAUCUCAAAAACGCAUUUGGAGAAGUGCACCAUAACCUGAUAAAAUCUAUUUUAAAAAGUUACCACAUUCCUGACGAAAUCACUG